CGGACAGCCGUGGUACUGCGCAUGCGCAAUGACAGGAGUCCUUGGCUGGUCGGCCUGUUGUAGCUUACUGAUCUUGUGAGGGGGACACAGACAAAAUGCAGAGUUGGACACAGUUAUACCGUUGUCUGGCUACGCGGAGCCACCACCUCCCCUGCAAACUUCACGGAGCCGCAGCUCUGUCGAUCAGAACCUACUCGGACAAAGCAGCAAUUGAUGCAGACGUCACGGUGGUGGGCUCGGGUCCAGGCGGCUACGUCGCUGCCAUCAAAGCCGCACAGCUUGGUUUUAAGACAGUGUGUGUUGAGAAGAACCCCACACUGGGGGGGACCUGUCUGAAUGUCGGCUGCAUCCCCUCCAAGGCUCUACUAAACAACUCGUACCUCUACCACCUGGCUCACGGCAAAGACUUGGAAAGCAGAGGCAUCGAAAUUUCAGGCCUCUCAUUGAACCUGGAAAAGAUGAUGGCUCAGAAGAGCGGGGCGGUCAAAGCGCUGACCGGAGGAAUCGUGCAUCUUUUCAAACAGAACAAAGUGACCCAUGUCAGCGGUUUUGGGAGGGUGACUGGGAAGAACCAGGUGACGGCCACAGCGGAAGACGGCAGCGUGCAGGUCAUCAACACCAAGAACAUCCUCAUUGCCACCGGCUCCGAGGUCAUGCCCUUCCCUGGAAUCCAGAUUGAUGAGGACACCAUUGUGUCGUCAACAGGAGCUCUGUCCCUUAAGAAAGUGCCAGAGGAGCUGAUUGUGAUCGGAGCUGGAGUCAUUGGCGUGGAGCUGGGGUCAGUGUGGCAGCGUCUGGGUGCUACGGUCACAGCGGUGGAGUUCCUGGGCCAUGUGGGCGGCAUGGGCAUCGACAUGGAGAUCUCCAAGAACUUCCAGCGCAUCCUGCAGAAGCAGGGCCUCAAGUUCAAGCUCAGCACCAAAGUCAUGGGAGCCACCAAGAGGCCCGAUGGCAAGAUCGAUGUGGCAGUGGAGGCGGCGACCGGAGGGAAAAACGAGACCCUGACAUGUGACGUCCUGCUGGUCUGUAUUGGCAGACGACCUUUCACCACAAACCUGGGUCUGGAUUCUGCGGGCAUUGAGCUGGACAACAGGGGGCGCAUCCCCAUCAACAACCGCUUCCAGACUAAAGUGCCCAGUAUUUAUGCGAUCGGUGACGUGGUUGCCGGGCCGAUGUUGGCCCACAAGGCUGAGGACGAGGGUAUCAUCUGUGUGGAGGGCAUAGCCGGCGGCGCCGUGCACAUCGACUACAACUGUGUCCCCUCCGUCAUCUACACACACCCCGAGGUGGCCUGGGUGGGCAAGACAGAGGAGCAGCUCAAAGAGGAGGGCGUCCCGUACAAAGUUGGCAAGUUCCCCUUUGCGGCCAACAGCCGAGCCAAAACCAACGCCGACACAGACGGCAUGGUGAAGAUCCUCAGCCACAGGGAGACGGACAGGAUGCUGGGAGCGCACAUUCUCGGAUCUGGAGCAGGAGAGAUGAUCAAUGAAGCUGCUUUGGCCAUGGAGUACGGAGCUUCCUGUGAGGAUGUCGCCCGAGUCUGCCACGCACAUCCUACUGUGUCGGAGGCUUUCAGAGAAGCAAACCUGGCCGCCUCCUUCGGCAAAGCCAUCAACUUCUGAUCUGCCUGCCACCGUCUCACCUUCAGUGUACAUAAGGGGAGAAACAGACCUUCAUCCAGCCCAUUGGGAUCCCGUGUUCAUCAAACUGUACCACGUUUAGUUCUGUUAUUUAAGUGUUCUUAGUAAAAUAAUAAAGGGGGUGUGGGCGUGAACACUGACUGCAUAUCAGUCUUUUUGUUUUCCAAACACAGUUUAAAAGUUCCCAGAGGGUUAUGCACUUAUUUUACGUUACAUGGAGAUAUAAAUACUGUUUUGGCUGGGUGGCUGAGAGCUGUAAAGGAAGAAGGGAGUGUUUUUUACAGUGUGAAACUAUCAACACAAGAACCUAGCAGGAAACUAGCUGCUCGGGGUUCCUUUUAUUUCAGUUUUAAAGGUUCAGUCCACUGAGAAAGGCGCUGUUGAGCCUCUGGUCCUGCCCCUCUCAGUGAUAUCACAGGUGUUUUGAACCUUGUUUAGUGUGAGCCCACUUGGAGAAUCAGAAAAAUCAGGUCAGUGUUUACAAGUUUUGAAAUUCAUAUCUUAAAUUCUUACCUUCGUUUUGUUUCACUAGGUUUAUUCCCAUUAAGGUGGAAAAUGUCUUUUUUAUGGGGCACCUGGCUGUGAUGGAAGCACAACAUGUCUCAGACUAAUCAGUGUAAAGUCAAAACUGAUCAUUUGCCAGGAGAGUUGUCAAGGUCUGAUUUCUAGCUUUUUUUAGAGGUUUUAAACACAUUUCAUUUAAGAAAGAUGCCUCGUGAAUGUUACUGAGCAGAAUCUAUCUGCUCAGAUGUGGUCGAACGAUUUGCUCUGAACACUUCAAUUUGAACCUGCAGAUUAAAAAAGUAUAAAUCUGA